AUGGCUACCGCAACAAAGAUCUUAUUGUCGCCUGUGGCGGACACAGGCAUCUAUAGCUCUGGUGUGCGCGAGGACACAGCAGAAUUUACAAGCAAGAUCUUGCAGGAGGACAUGGAAAAGCAUCAUGUUUUUUUCAAUGAUCUAGGAUUCCACAAUCAUAUUUUGCAUCAUCUUCUCAGUCUGUAUGCACUUGGAGCGAGUCCGGACGAUAUACAGGCUGCCUAUAAGCGUAACCAGAGUUACCAGAUACCAGUCCGCAAAACUGAUAAGAAUAUCGUUGAGGCCAUGCAUGAGAAAUCUGAGUUCUUGAAGUUCUGUGGCAAUGAGAAGCAUUACGCAAACUUUCUGGCUUUUUUCCAGCAGGAGAUUGGUGCCAAGGGAGUGGAUGAAGUUGUGAAUGAAUAUUUGUUUACUGAUGAUGAAAGAUCAGAGAGUAUGCUAUGUCGCUUGUUUGGAGGGCUCAUUCACCCCCUCAUCCAUCUAGGGUUCGGGCUGGAAUUCAACCAGCCGGCCAUUGUCGCUCAGGCACUGGCCCAGACAGCCGUCCACGAAGAAGAUUUUGGCAGGGAUUUCUUGCUGCCUGCAGAAAAGCUGGCUGGUGGGAUUGGGAAGCCAGGAAAGUCAUUGCUAAAUCUUCUGAAUGAAGUCCGCGGCGAUGAAACUCUGGCACAAAGUGUGCAUCGGUCUGACGAGAAUAAGACUGAAGAUGGGGUAUUGGCUCGCGGUAAGCAGAAGAUGCUCGAGUAUGCUGCCCAGUAUACCGUGUCCGAGAGUCAAAUGGAGGAACGGGUAGCAGAAAUGAUCAAUACAACUGUGUAUUAUACCAGCGCUGCUCAGCGUGCGGAUAAAGAUAUCAAGUUUGAUUUCUACUUGAUUCAUGCUGUCAAUGCGUCUAUCUUUUUCUCCAAGUUGACAAACCUCCCGGCCCUGGAUAGUCGGAACAAGCUCCGGUUGCUCGAGUGGAAGGGCCGCCUGGAUAUUUGGCUAUAUAUAUCACAAGGCUUGCCUAAUCUUUUCAUAGACGAGAUUCGUCAAUACCCUGCUCAAAACGACUGGUCGACUAUCUUUCACCGAUGUGUGAUACAUCCAGCCGACGAUGGACACAUCGUCAAGCUAGCACGAGCUUUGGCUCAUGGAGAGGAACUGUGUCGACUAUCUGACAAGCAGGAGUUGAUGAUUCAUGGUGAUAUGUGGCUUCGGAUUGGAAAUAUGGUUGUUGACUCGACUGUGGAUAACAACCUGAUGUGGAUUCGGUCCACUGGGUUCGAUGGGGCCUGGGAGAAUGUAAAAGAACGCGCAGGGUUGUAA